AUGUAGAGAUACCAUGAAAAAUCUUUAAGAGGAGGAGGGUCUGCCUUUUCUUCUUCUAAUAAUUUCCAGGGAAUACCUUUGAAUGUAUAAAUAGAAGCGUAAUUACAUUCAACACUCCUGAAUCGUUGGCUUGUUAACCUUAGUAAAAGACUAGAGGAGAUUGAACAUGUAAAAGAGAUUAUGAGUACAGAAGAAGGAAAAAGUGUUCUAUGUAGAAGCAUAGCAUGGAUUUUAGAUCUUGAAUAAUUAUUUUGUUAUUUCCAAUUUCAAAUUGACUUGGUGAAGAGGCACAAGUAAAUUAUUGAAAAAACUUUCUAAUAUUUCUUAGAAUUGGCAUCAACCAUAAUAUAAUGGGAUAGAUUGAUUGCUUUAAAAAUAUUAAAAAUUUGCAAUUCAUUCUCCCGAUUGAUAUUCAUUUACUAUUCCCAUUCAAAUGAAAGAAGUCAAUAAUAAUAGAAAGAUAAAUGGUCUUAAUUAACUUCCAGUAUUAUUAAUUUGAUUAAUUUGGACUGUGAAACAUCAUUAUUUUAUAAUUGUUUGAUUUAUGAGUUAACCCUAAUCUAAGCCUGUAUUGGAUAUAUACCAACUGAAGACGACUCAGAUGAAAGAAAUACUUCAGCUUUUGAUAUUCUUAAAGAACUUUUUAAUUCUGCAGUUAGUUUAAUUCCAUCACCUGAUUUAGUUAAUUCAAUUUCAAAAGGGGCUUUGUUUUUAUAUUAGCAAUACUAAAAGAAGAAGUCAAUAGAACAAUUUCAGAAUUGUCUAUUUUUAGAACAAUUAAAAUGGAAUAUCUUGAUGAGUAUAAAAGCUGGUGUUAUUUUUAAUGAAAUAGAAGAGAGGAUAAGUAAUAAUUUUAAUAAGAUUAUUAAAAAUGGAAGUGAUUGGGCAAUUUAAUAUUCUUGGAUCAAGAUGGCAAGUGAACUUAUGGCAUGUAAACCUCAAAUAUCAAAAAUCAAGUUUUUGAGUUUAUAAUAAGAUUCUACUUAAAUAAUAACAUGGGAAUAAGCUUAAUAAGAUAAUUUAAUACAUAUCAUUCAUAAGGAUUUUGAAAUAGCAGAAAUAAUUGCAUAAGGAUAGACAUCAAAUAUUGGAAUUAAAUUAUAAAGUAUUUCAAGAUAGUAUCAAAAUCUCUAAAAUUUUUUUAUGAAUGGAAAUCAAAUCAUUCCUAAAUUCAUAUCAUACUAUACUUUAGAAUCAGGAAAAGAUGUAUUAAAAUUUGAUAAUGAAUCAUAUCAUGAUUAUUUUCAAAUGAUAUAAUAAUUAAGGUAAAUCCCAUUAGAAAAGAUUGCUUUCAAUUUUAAUGAGUUCUUAAUCAAAUUUUAAUCGUUUCUAAUUAGUUAUUAUUAGAUAGAACCUAAAAAAUUAAACUAUAAAGAUUUCGAAUAUCAAUUAAUAUUAGCUUAAGAAAAUUAUCAAUCUUUGUUAAACGAUAUAUUUAAAUUAUAAAUUUCUAGAGAUUGUUUAAACAAUAUAAUAGAAAUAAUUUCUCCACUUUUAAUAAAAUCAGACGAACUUAUCAAAUAAUAAGCAUCAAUCUAUCAAAAUUGUUUUCAAACAUUUCUGUACAAUUAUUCUAAAAUAUAAAGUAAGAAAUUUUUUGAUAACAAAAGAGAUAUCUAUGAUUAACUAAUAAAUUGGCUCAAAUAAAUUAAUUUAUGUUAAGAAUAGCAAAUUCAUUACUAAAAGUAAUUUGGAAAGAAAAUGCCAGAUGAUUACUUUAAUUUGUCUAAAAUAUAAGAAAAACCUUUCUAAAUAUAAUUGAAUUAUCUUCUUUUUGCUAUCUAAUUUUGUUAAAAAUGGAAUCAUUAAAUUUAGCUACUUACAUCUUUAUUUACAAAGGAACACAUAAUGAUCAAAUAGUAAAUUAUUAUUGCAAAAUCAACUUAAGAAGCAGAAAUUAAAAAAGGUAAUCUAAUAGAAGAAUUUAUUUCAAGGUAGAAUACUAAUUUUGAAUAUUUCCAUUCUACUUAUUCAAUUCUUUAAAUGUUAUAUGAAUACAUUUAUGAACUUAAAAAACUACUUUUUGAUAAGCUUUCUUUAGAAGAAUUUGAUAAAAUUGUAAAGAAAUAAAAAAAGGAAUUAGUUCUAAAUUUGAAAUUUGAUUUCAAUUUAUAUUUCUAAUACCAAAUCAAUCAACACCAAUAAUUUAUUCAAAAACUUGAUACUGAAAAUGAGAUUUUAUCUAAUUAGAUAAAGUAAUAUUAAAAUAAUAAAAAUGGUUAAAUGUUAAAUUAUUUUUGCUAGGUUUUCAAUAUAUCGCUUAUAACAAUAAAUUAAAUUCUAAAUUUCGAUUUUGACUCAGUUAAGAAAAUGGAGAUGUUAAUAGAUUUAGUUAACAAAAAGGACAAUUAAGCAUUUUAAAAUGUUAGAUCAAAUUCGCUAGUUCUUUAAACUCAAAUUGAUUUAUUGGUUCAAUCAAAAGAAAAGGUUGAAUAAUCAAAUAAUGUUGAAUAUGUGGAAAAAGUAAAGGAUUUUGAAAAUUCAGUAAAAACUAUUUAACAAGAAUUACUUUUCAUUAAUAAUAGUGAUUGUACUUCAUUAGUUAAUGAAUUAAAUAUAUUUAACGAGUUCUUAGUGCAUGCUCGAACAAGAUAAAAACAUUAAUUGGAUUCAACCAUCAAUGCUCUAAAAAAAUGUACUUUAGAUUUUAUUGAUAAAAUUGUAAACUUAUAUAAAAAUGUAAAACAAUCAUUGAAAAAAGAAAUUAUUACUGAAAUGUGUGAAAGUAUAGAUGAAAGAAAGCCUAUUAAAGCCAAUUUGUAAGAAUUGACCAAUAAUUUCAAAGAUUAAAUUAUGCAAGCAUAAUAAUCAAUUGAAUUUUCUGAAAUUGACACAUUGUAAAAUUUAGUAGAUUUAAUGAAAUUUUCAGACUAAAAUGCUAUUAUUUGUCAUCAAUGUGAAGAUUAAAUUUCUAAACUUUUAUAAAAGUUUUAAUUAUUGAUAAAGAAUUUAAAAAGCCUUAAUUAUGAAUCUUUUUGUAAAAGUUAUGCUGAUAAAUUAUAUUUUAUUUGUUAAAAUUAAAAGGAAUUAGAUAGAUUUCUUAAAGAUCAGUUGAAUUUCAUAUUUUCACCAUUUUAGAAUUAAGUUCCAAAUAAUCUAAAAUAAUGUAAAUAAAGUAUAGCUGCCUCUAUACUACAUUAUAUUGAAGGUAAUUAGUGGAGAGUAAAAGAAGGAUUUGUAUUUUAGUGUAUUUAAUUAGAAAACCAAUUACAUGAAUAAAAUAAAUAAUCAAUAUAAAAAGUUUUAAUUCUUAUUGCUGUUAAGGAAACUAAUUUGAAAAUAUUAGUGACACUUAAAAACAAAUAAAUAGUAUAGUAAAUGUAUCAAGGAUUUUCUAAGAAUUGGCCUGAACUACAAAGCCAGAUUUAAUAAGAUUUAGUAAACUAAAUAAAUAAAUUGGAAGAGCUUUAAUAUAAUAUUUCUGGUGCUGAAACUGAUAGAAAGAGAGAGUUACUACUUUAAGAACAUAAACAAUUGGAAGAACAACUAGAAUAAUAAAUACUGAAUGUUAAUUAAAUUGGUGAUGCAUUAGGUAUAACGAUAAAUUUCUUAAGAGAAAUACGAUAAGAUUUAAAAAAAAUUCAAUAGAAAUUAGAUAAAUUGCUUAAUAAAAUUGAUGAAAUAGUUUAAGAUCUUAAAUAGUUGAUUGGUAAAACUCCAAAAUAGUUAUUAGAAAUAAGGAUGUAAUCCAUUUUACAAUAAAAAGUUAUAAACGAUUUUAAUAAUGUUUAUGUAAUACUAAGAAAUAAGGAAUUGAAGGAAAACUUUAAAGAUGAAGAUGAUGAAACUACUCUUUUUAAUGAUAUUUAUUAGACUUAAGGUGAAAUUGAUGAAUUUUUACAAUAACCUAAAGACUCUCUACUGAUUCACGGACCAGCUGGAUCAGGCAAAAGCGCUGCUGCUAAAAAAAUAGAAGAAUAUCUUUGGCUCAAAUAUUAAUAGUUGAAUUUAGAUGAAUGGUCUAAAGAUUUAGAAUAGAUACCAGUCGUUCCAAUUUUCAUUCAAUUAGCCAGUUUAAAAGAUCCUUAUGAAAAAGCAGUUGAGGAAACUUUAUCUUCAAAUAUUUAUAAUUUUGAUUGGAAAUAAAUACAGGCAUUCUAAACUUAAGUUGAAGAAGGGAAAGUAGCUGUUAUUUUCAUUCUUGAUAGCUUUGAUGAAUUGAGUAAUAAUUAAAUCAAUCUAAUUUAACAUAAUAAGUUGAAAAAUUGGAAGUAGUAGUUGUAAAAUUUAAGCGAAUUAACUUAGAGUCAAUAAAGAAUAUAUAAUCUAAAUUAUCCAAAAAUUAUUACCACAACUAGAUCAGAAGCGUUUGAAUUAAAUAGCACAAAUUAUAGAUAAUGGUUUAGUAGUGAGGCAGUGUUAGAUUUUACAAAAUACAAAGAAUUAAGAAUUCUCAGUUUUGAUGAUAAAUAAAAGUAAGAAUACUUAAAAUAAUAUUCAUAUACUUAAAUUAAAAAAACUUUGUUUGAUUUUUUUGAGAAGUACUCUCUUUUCUAAAAAAGAGGAAGAAAUCUUAUAAGCGAAGUAGAGAAAAUAUGGAAUAUUAUAGAAGAAAAAUUGGAACGAUUUAACCAUUAAGAAUAAUCAAAUAAUAUAUGUUUAAGCGAUAAAGAAAUCAAUAUUAUAAUUUCAGUAUUACAAACUGAAUUCCAAUUGUAAAAUAAAUAAGAUCAAUUUUCAAGUUUAGAAAGAUAGCUGAUGCAUAUUUAAACACCUUAAUUCUACAAUAAUAAUAUAAUUGAUUUUAAUUUGGAAUAACUUCUUAAAACACCAUUUAUGAUGAAAAUAUUCAUAGAUGUAUUACCAUAAAUCAAUUGUUAAAAAUAAGAGAUACAUCAAGAGUAUUUUAUCACUAGUUAUACACUUUAAAUGUAUGAAAAAUAUGUAAAAAAACACGAUAUCAAAGCUAUAAGAAACUUUUUCGAGGGGAUUUCCCAAAAAUAAUGGAAUGAAGAUUAAUAAGAUGAAUUAAAUAAUUAAUAACAUAUACCAUAUUAACCAGAAGGACUAGAAUAAAUAGGAGAACCGAAAUAUCAACCUGAACAUCCUGAAGAUCCACCUUAACUUUCAUCUGAAGAUUCACCUGGAUAUCCACAUUAAGAUUCAUUUAAAAUACCAGAAACACCAGUAACACCAGUAACACCUGUAACACCAGAAACACCUUAUAUACUAGGAAUACAAAAAACGCCAGAAAUACCAGAAUAGCCAGAAAUACCAGAACAGCCAGAAAUACUUGAAUUCUCAUAGUCUGAUAAAGAGAUUAAUGAACCUUCUCAAUUAUAGAUGGAGAGAAGAUUAUAACAAAUCAAAAAGCUCUCAAAAAAAUAAAAAAUGAAUUAUUCGUAACCUGUCUAAAAAAAAUCAUUUUUUGAAAAGUUAUUUGGUCAUGAAGAUUCAAAUAAACAAAAUCCAAAUUCAAAUGAAUAAGCUAAAUCCUCUAAGUCAUAAAAUGAUAAUAAACGAUAAAGUGAUGAAAAAAAUUAUUAUAGAGAGCCUGAUGAUAAAUGGUAAAAUAAUCUUGAAUAAAUGAGAUAAUCAAGGCUUAUAAAUAUUCGGUCUCAAAAUAGAGAAGAGAAAUACUAUUAGAAAAGCAAAUAAUCUACUAAUUAUGAAUAAUUCUAAGAAUUUAUUCCUUAAACCAGACAUCCACCUGCCUCAUAAGCUAUAUCGUAAUAAUCAUAUGAUACCUCUGCUCCUAGUAAAAAAUCAUAUAAUGAUUAACCUCGCAUUCCGUAUUUAAAUUAAACCUAAAUAAAUCUCAAGUUAGAAGAAGAAAGGCUCAAUUUAUAAACUAAAAUUAAGGAGCAUCUAAUAGAAUAAGGAAAACAAAUUUUUUAAAACAUUUCAUAAAUAUCUUAACAGGAUUACGAUUAAUUUGGAGAUGAUAAAUAGAUAUUGCUAAGAUGUUAUAAGUCUUUUAAAUUAACAUAGUAUGAUUUUUAUUAAUACUUUUUGGAGAAUUAUAUUUAAAACUAAAUAAAAAAAUUGUUGACAAUUCAGCAUCAAAAUUUUAAUCAUAAUUUCAUAAGUGAAGUUAAUGAAUAUGCUAGGUUAUUAGCAUAAUAUUUAAUGAAACAUUAAUUAACAGCAAUUGAUACAUAGAAAGUUUGUAAUUAAUAAAGGGUAUUUAAGGAUAAAAAAAUAAAAUAACAUUCUGAUGAUCCUAUAUAUCAAGAAUUGAUUAAUUACAAUUCAGAAGAAAUAGCCAUAAUUAUAAAAUGUCUUCCUUUGAAACUUACUGGUACUAUUUUGAGUUUCCAGCAUAAAUCGAUUUAAGAAUUUAUAUAUGCAAAAUUUAUCAUAACUAAUCUUCUUGCAAUAAGUUCUAUCAUUAAUUAAUACAAAUAAUUGUAAGCAAAAAUUACAUUAUAAAAUUUUAAGAUUAACAUGAAUAGUUAAAAGUUGAAGAAAAAUUAAUUCAUUUUAAUUUGUAUUUAAAUUUAUUUAUUUAAUAAUUUGGAUUAAACAUCUAAUAAAGAUAGAGCAAGAGAUAUAUUUAUUGAUUAAUUUAAUCGCACGUUUUGGCAUUAAUAUUAAGAGAGUUAAAAUAUUUAUCAAUCUACUUAUGAUUUAUUGAGUUCAAUUGAUAUUUCACCAUUAAAUAGUGUUAUUAUGGCAAAUUAAUUUUACAUGGGGACAAUAAGAUUUAUAAAAGAAUAUAUAGAAAAUAAGUAAGAUUUAAAAUCAGUAUUACAUUUUUUAGUUUUAAUUUCAUAAAUAUCAUCGAAGUUUAUCAAUAUUAGUUCAAAUUCGAUUUAAUUAUUAACAUAUAUGUAGGAAUUAUUUUAUGAAAAAAGUUUCUUUGAAAUUUAGAUAAAAGAUGUUAAGUUAUUAGGAUUUAAGUGUAUUGGGUGUGAUUUUACAAAGUCAAAAUUAGAGAAUGUUACUUUGGUGGGGACUAACUUAAAUUAUUGUAAAAUUGCAGAAGUAGAGUGGAAGAACAUAAUCUCCUAGGAUUUACCAACAUUAUCAUUUAAUAUUGGUCCUAUAAUAAAAGCAUCAUUCUCUUUUGAUGGUUAAUACAUAGCAUCCCUUGGCCUUUAACAAAAUUUAGUAAUAUAUUAGAUAUCUACUGGAUUGAUUUUAAAAAAUAUUCAACUUAAAAAAGCAGUUUAAGAUUUUUGUUGGUCGAACACAAAAUCCACGCUUGUCUAUUUCUAUGAGGAAACUUUGAAUAUUCUGAGCUUUUAUGAGGAUUAAAAAUAAAAUGAUGUAAAUAUGGUUUAAAGCAAUGAAAUUGAAGUAAAUUAAUAACACAUUAAAUUUAAAUUUAAAAUAAAUGACACUGUUGUUUUGAUAAAAUUUUCAAAUUCAGAUAGCUAUUUAUUAGUUGGAUGCUAAAAAGGGAAAAUAAUCAUCUAUAAAUUUUUGAAUUAAUAAUUUACUUUAUUUUUUGAAAUACAAGGAAAGAGUAGAAUAACAUUUGAUUUGUAUUCGGAUGAAAAUAGUUUGAUAGCUUGUGACUAAAAUUAAAUAUUUCUUGUUAAGAUUUAAGAAGGGCAUUCUAAAACUAUUAGAACAUUAACAUAAGAUUAUUAAGUAACAAGAAUCGUUUUCAGCUCUGAUGGCAAACUAUUUGCAUAUGCUACAACAGAUGGAGUGAUUAUAGUGUAUAGUUUAAUCACAUAAAAAGAUAAGGCAAAAUUAAUUGGUCACAAAAAUGCUGUAAGAUGUGUCUGUUUUUCUAGUGAGGGCAAUAUAUUAGUGAGUGGAGGAGAUGAUAAAAGUGUUAGAAUAUGGGAUUAUAUGAAAGGUAUAUAAAUUGGUGAGAAUUUUCACGGCCACUUUGAUGUGAUUAAUAGCAUUGAAUUUUCAAAACCAGAUGGAACAAUUAUUUUAUCUGCAGGAAAUGAUGGACUUAUAAAGUAAUGGAAUCAUUCUGAUAAUUAUCAUGUUAGUGAAUAUCUACCUGGUCAUGAAGGCAGCAUUUUAUUUAUGGUUCUAUCUUAAGAUUCUCAUAGAAUAAUAACAAAAGGCAAAGAUAAGAAAAUAAUAUAAUGGAAUAUUGAAACAGCAUCUGUUGUAAAUUAAAUGAUAUCUUUAUAAAGUUGCCAAGAAUGCUCAAUUAAUAAAUUAUGUUCUUCUUGUUAAUUAAGUCCAAUCAUUAUUGUUAAUGAUGACCAACAUAUAAUCACAGGUGGAUUUGGUCAUUCAAUUUCAAUUUUUGACAUUUACACUGGCAAUUAAACUAAUUUUACAAUCUCAUACCUAAAACCUAAAGGGGAAGUUAUUAUUUUAACAUAAUCUGAAAAAUAUCAUUUGAUAUGUUCAGGAACUAUGAAUGGUGAAAUUAAAAUAUGGGAUAGUUUUAAUGGAAGAUAAUUUAGUAACAAAAUUACUCUAAAUUACUAAAUAUUGACUUUUUAUUUUGAUCUAGAAUAAAAUUUGAUAGUUUUAAAUUAAUGUGGAAAAUACACUAAAUUUUAACUUGAUUUGAGUGGUACAAUAGCUUAGGCUUGCUAAUGCGAAUUAAUUUGUGAAGCAUCUGAAAUGAAAUAGAUUAAUUAAAUAAUUGCUGAGGAAAUUGCUGAAAUUUAAAUUGAUUUACAAAAAUAGAAUUUUUAAGAAAAAUUUAAUAAAAGGGUAGCAUGCUUAGCAUUAACAUUUGAUUACUCAUACUUGGCAAUCGCAACCAAAGACUCAAAUGUCUAUAUUCUAGAAACUGCAGAUUUAUCAGAGAUAUAUCAAAAAUAUUCUUAUUAAGGAGUAAUUACUUCAAUGUAUUUUAAUAAAAAUGGAUUAGUUUUAAUAUUAUCUUUUGAAGAUCUUUCCAUAAAAGUUUGGGAUAUAUCCAAAAAAAUUCAUGGAUCGAAAACUUGUUGUCAUUAAGCUCAAAUUACUUGUCUAGGCUUAUCUAAAGAUAAUAAAGUUAUAGUUUCAACUUCUUAAGAUAAAUAAAUUAAGAUUUGGAAGAUGGAAAAUAUGGUUGAAGAUAACUUUUUUGAUGAUAUUAAUCGAUUGAAGCAAAACUUAAAUCAUCAAAAGAAAUAUAUCCAAGAAACUUUUGAUAAGCUCGAUUUUAGCAGUUUCAAUAAGAAUUGUAUUUCACUUUAACAUGAGGCAAAUAAUAUCAAUGAUAUAGAAUAGGCAAGAUUACUAUAGGAAACAAUUUUUGAGAGAGCAGAAGAGAACUAUCAUAAUUUAUCUGAACUACGAAGAGUUGAGAUGAGUGCUACAUUAAGAGCAUAAAAAACCUUAAAAGAUGAAAUCACCAAGGCAGGAGAGGAAAUCAAAUAAUUAUUAAAAGAGAGUGAUUAACAAAUUUAAACAAUCAAUUAAAGGAUGAUCGAGAAAGCUAGGUGCUGUUCUAUGGCAGCAGAUUAACUAUCAGAAAUAUUUACAAAAAAAUUAAGAGAACUUUAAGAAUUAAAAAAGACAUUAACUGAUGAAUAUGAAACAAGAAUUGAAUAAAAAUAAUAAAAUUCAGAAAUUAAAGUUAAUUCAUAAAAUUAAAUUACCAUAACUGAAAUAUUUUGUCUUAGUAAAACUCCAUAAAAUUCAAAAUUUAUAGGAACAAUUUUUACAAAUUCCUAUAUUAAAAAUAAGACUAACCAUAAUUUGUUCAAACUUUGGUAAUAGUCACAAGAAAAUUGUGAUAAACAUUGA